ACACAGAAGGCGAUAAAGGAUUGUUGAGCGAAAGCACGUUGGAAAAUCUCUGUUUCAACUUUCAUUACACUGACAACUUCUAGCGAAUUAGGAUUGAACAACUAUGGGGUCUUCAAAGAAAUCUGAUGACUCAGUUGAUGAAAAAAUUGAAAAAGUAAUCAUCAAGCGACAGAUCACAUUGCUACAAGGAGUUGCCAUUAUUGUAGGAAUCAUAAUUGGCUCUGGUAUUUUUGUGUCUCCAGUGGGAAUAUUGAAAGAAACAAAGUCUGUAGGUUUUUCCUUGGUGAUGUGGGUUGUAUGCGGCAUUUACAAUACCCUUUGUGCGAUAUGUUACGCUGAAUUAGGAACUACAAUACCAGAAUCUGGAGGAGAGUAUGUCUACAUCAAAAGGGCAUUUGGAGAGAUCCCUGCAUUUAUCUGUCUUUGGAUAAACUUUCUGCUAAUAUGUCCAGUUGGUAUUGCAGCCUCAGCAUUGAUAUUUUCCCUGUACAUCUUGAAACCCAUGUUUCCAGACUGUGAAAUUCCAGAGGAAGCCUUGGCAUUGUUGGCUGCAUGUAUAUUUUGUCUGUUAAUAGCAGUAAACUGUCGUAAUGUAAAAUGGGCAGCAAAAGUUCAAGUGGUCAUCACAUUAAGCAAGCUGAUAGCUCUUGCCAUUAUCAUUGUUAUCGGAAUGUACUACAUCAUUGGAAAGGGAGAAACAGAAAAUUUUGAGAAUGCAUUUGAGGGUAGUGAUUAUAGUGCUGGAGCGAUUGCUAUUUCGUUUUAUUCAGGAUUUUGGGCCUAUAGUGGAUGGAGUUACUUGAAUUUCUUGGUUGGAGAACUUGUUGAUCCUAACAGAAAUUUACCAAGAGCCAUCCUUAUAUCCAUGACUUUAGUGAUUGUUACGUAUUUAAUAGCCAACGUAGCAUAUCUGGGAGUUCUGAGUCCAGCAGAAAUGCUUCUAUCACCUGCUGUAGCUGUGAGCUUUGGUGAAUAUUCCAUGGGUAUCAUGGCAUGGCUAAUGCCAGUUCUUAUUGCUAUAUCUGUAUGUGGUACAAUGAAUGGAUGUGCUCUCAGUAUGUCAAGAUUGUUUUUUGUGGGAGCCCAGAAUAAACAGUUUCCUACAUUUAUGUCGAUGAUUGAUGUGAAAAGGAUGACACCAUCACCCUCUCUCUUUGUCAUUCUCUUUUUGACGAUGUUAUAUGUCUCAUCCAAAGAUAUCUUUUUUCUGAUUGAGAUGGAAGGAUUUGGAUUUGCUUCUGUUCUAACCAUGGUGUUUGCAGGACAGAUUUAUCUGAGGUACAGGGAACCCAAUAUUCCUAGACCUAUCAGGGUUCACAUCAUUCUUCCAAUUAUUUUGUUCCUGAUAAGUUUUGGAAUUAUAGUGUUGACGUUUUACCAGAAGCCCAAAGAAAGCUUCAUGGCACUGGGCUUGGUUGCAGCUGGUAUUUUCUUGUAUUUAAUUGGAACUUGGAAACACAAACCAAAGGAAAUUGCAGACAAACUUCAUUCCAUCAAUAUCUUCAUUCAGAAGUUGCUUCUCGUAAUGCCGCCAGAUAACUCUGAUGACAUCGACUGGGAAUAACAACUUCCUUAUAAAGGGAAAAUUAGAUACA